CGUUUGGGGCCGUGGCGGUUUGUAACGCUACACGGCAGUAAGGAGUCAAUAACGACCAGCUCACGCCGAUGCGGUUCGCAUCCGAGUACGUGCAACGCAACAAACCGGUCAUCAUUACAGGCGCCCUCGAGAACUGGAAGGCGAUGCGGCUGUGGGGCGAGCGCUACCUCACCAAGCAUGCUGUGGGCAGCACGCAGGUCACGGUGGACGUGACGCCCAACGGCCGAGGCGAUGCACCCACCACAGUGGCUUUGAGCGGCGGCGAGGGCCCGGCUGCAGCCAGCUCCGCAGCAGCGCAGGAGCCCGAGCGCAACGCCUCUAACGCCGCGGGCGCCGCGUCGGGCUCGAGCUCGGGCGCGCAGGAGCGCUGGUUUGUGACGCCGCAAGAGCGCAAAAUGACGUUGGCGGAUUUCUUCGCGUUGAUGCGGGAGACGCGGUCGCGCGACACAGCGCUGCGGAAAGGAGGCCGCGGCAGCGUGGAGGCGCCGGGCAGCGCGGGGGCCAAGGCCUACCGCGAGGUGCCGUACAUGCAGCACCAGAACAGCAACCUGCGCGAGGAGCUGUCGGCGCUGCUGGGUGACGUGGAGCCGGGGCUGCCCUGGGCGGAGGAGGUGUUUGGGGGGCCGCCGGAGGCGAUCAACCUGUGGAUUGGGGACCAGCGCAGUGCGACGUCCUUCCACAAGGACCACUACGAGAACCUGUACGCUGUGGUCCGCGGCACCAAGGUCUUCACGCUGAUGCCGCCCUGCGACGCCUUCCGCAUGCGCCUGCGCCGCUUCCCCGCCGCCUCCUACAUGCGCCGGCGCGACGUGCCGCCGGGCGCGCGCUUCGGCGAGGUGUCGCCGCAGCCGGGCGCGCUGCCGCACGUGGGCAUGGCGGCGGCGGGCGGCGGCGGCAGCAACGUGUCGUCGGGUCGGUCGGGUCUGCCGCCCAAGCAGGUGGCGGGGCCGGACACGAGCGACCCGGACCGGUUGGUGGCAGUGCUCAACGUGCCCGGUUAUCAGGUGCUGUGGAGCGAUGUGGACUGCACCGCCGACACCUACCAGAGCCUGGGCCAGCGCCGUGCCGCGCAGCCGCUCUUCUACGGCGCCGAGCCCAACGGCGCGUCGUCGCUUCCCUCGGGAGCCCCCGCCGCCGCGGCGGCGGCGGCGGCACACGCGGCCCACGUGGCACAAGAGCACGCGGCGCGGGCCGAGCACGCAGCCAAGGUGGCGGCGGGUGAGGCGGACGACAAGAAUGGCGAUGACGACGACGACGACGAUGACGAUGACGACGGCGGUGCCAGUGACGAGGAGCAGGGCGAUGACGAGUGGGAUGCGGCCGGUGGUGCGCCGCUGGUGGCACAGGUGGGCCCCGGAGAGGUCCUGUACCUGCCGUCCAUCUGGUACCACCAGGUGGAGCAGCGCUGCUGCCUGACGUCCACCACCCCCGGUCCGGAUGCGGAGCAUGACUACGUCAUCGCAGUCAACUACUGGUUUGACAUGAAGUACGACACGCGCUACAGCUCCUUCAAACUGGUGGAGGCGCUGUCUACGGCCCUGGGCCUGGCGGAGGAGCCGCCCGCGCUGGAGACCUUGUAGCGCCGGCUGUAGCGAGUGGCGGCGGCUGUUGGCUGUGGCAGUAGCGGCUGUAGCGGCUGUAGCGGCGGCUGUGGCGGCAACUGUGGCGCCGGCUGCUGGUGGAGAGGAGGGCUACAGAGGGGAGGGGGGAGGAGAGCUGCUGCCGGGCGAGCAGGAACAGGAGGCCAGUGGUAAGGAUGAGAAGUAGGGAGGCCGGGGGACAGUGAGAAGUUGGCAGGCGGAGAGAUAAGUAUACAAAGGGGGUGAAUUUACGACCGGGGGACUGGGAUGGGGGUGUGGCGCCGCCACGGAAGAUGGUGGGUGUUCGGAGGCCGGGCCAUGAUCACGGUAGUAGCAACUUAACGUGUUGCAAGGACAGGGAAGUUGGGUGAGGCAUCGUGACAGGGCCGUGAGCUUGGGCCGAGAGGAAGCACAUUGCAUCUGAGACGGAAGUGGUGAAAGCAAAGGCUAGCUGCCCAGGCGUGUGCUUGGCGGCAACGGAAAAGUGAUGGGGCUAGAUGGGGUUAAUUCACACAAAACCCGCGAUGGACGUGGCAGGCUGUGCCGGCAAUCGGUGGCAUCGGACUGAACCAGAUAUCCAGAACUGAAUCCAUGAGACUCGAAUGUAAUAUUUGGAAUAA